GCGCCCCGGAAGUCGAAGUCCCCGCAGGCUUUGCCGGGCCCUUCCGGUGGCUUCUGCGGCGGCCCAAGUGGCGGGUCCUCCCUACCGGCCGCGGAAGCGCCGUGGGCUGCCGUGGGAGCUGCGCCCGGCCUCACAGCUUCACCCGCCGGGUCGUGGCGGGCGGCAGGCCAAGUCCCGAACCCCGGGCCGUAGGUAAGCCGAGGUGAGGGAGUUGUGUUCCCCCGCCUCCUAGGCCGGCCUGGGCCUCUCCGGCCCGGUGCCUGAAACACGCCAGGUGAGGCCAGAAUGACCUGCUCAGCGGCCCGUGGCCGCCGCUCCGCCUGCUGUGUACCUUUGCUCCGCCUUCACCAGCCGGCGGUGGUGGUCUCGCCCGGGCGUGUGGCCGAGGAAACCCGCAGCUGGUGGGGCCCGCAGCCGGGCACAGGCCGCGGAGGCUGCCUCUGCCUUGACGCUCAGUCCGUCUGGGAAGAAAGCAGCCUCGCGGAGGAGAGCAGAGGAGUCUGCUUCCUGCUGUGAGCAGCCAGCUGGCCCCCAGACUGUCAAGGCCCAGACCACCUGGACUGACGUCGUCUCAUGGAGCCUCAGGGUGAGAAGCCAGGAGAGGCCGAAGGGGUGCGCAUCACCUCCCAGAUGCUCAAGUCCUGCUCGGGCGAGUUUGCCCUGGAGUCCAUCCUGCUGCUGAAGCUACGAGGCCUGGGGCUGGUGGACCUCGGCUGCCUGGGAGAGUGCCUGGGUCUCGAGUGGCUGGAUCUGUCUGGCAACGCGCUCACCCAGCUGGGCCCCCUGGCCUCCUUGCGCCAGUUGGCCGUCCUCAAUGUUGCCAACAAUCGGCUGACAGGGCUGGAGCCACUGGCUGCCUGCGAGAACCUGCAGAGUCUCAAUGUUGCAGGCAACCUGCUGGCCACCCCUAGCCAGCUGCAGUGUCUGGCGGGGCUGCGGGGCCUGGAGUACCUGCGGCUCCGGGACCCUUUGGCCCGGCUCAGCAACCCUCUCUGUGCCAGUCCCUCCUACUGGACGGUGGUCCGUGAGCUGCUGCCAGGCCUGAAGGUCAUCGACAGUGAGCGUGUGACUGGGCGUGGCAGUGAAUUUUACCAGCUGUGUCGGGACCUGGACUGCUCCUUGCAGCCCAGCUCCAGCCCAGGCCCCAGCACCUCUGAGGCCCAGCCCUGGGUGGAGCCAGGGUACUGGGAGUCCUGGCCGCCCCGGAGCAGUUCCAUCCUGGAGGAGGCCUGCCGGCAGUUCCAGGACUCGGUGCAGGAGUGCAGAGACCUGGACCGCCAGGCCGCUGACAGCCUGGCCCAGGCCGAGCAGCUACUCGGUCCUGCGGGUACCGCCUCCUCCUUUGUCUUCUAAUGGUGCCCCAUGGCCCCGGACAGCGUGGCCUAAGGCCAUGGGGUCGGCACAGUGUGUCCCAGCAGCCCACACCUCCCCUCCUGCCUCUGCACUUGUCUUCACUGUUUCAUCACGCUGGGCACUGUCCCUGCAAACUGCGCUAUUCAUUUAUCCCUGUUCCUAGGAGCAGACCCCCUCCUCCCACUCCUACCUCAAGAAAAUCCCUGUGUUCUUCAGGGAAGACUUCCCUGGGGCUUCAAGCAGGUGUCAGGACCCUCCAUUAGCAGCUGGCACUGUGUGUCUGUCCUGCCACCUAUGCCAUACGCCUGGGGAGGAGGGUCCAGGCCUUUGUCUGCCACUCCUGGCUGCUCAGGCCUCAGACUGGCGGAAGAAAGCUGCUACUCCCUAAGGGUAAAGGUGGCAAAGGAAGGGAUGGAGUGCCCCCCAUCCCAGUGGUCCUGGAAAUAGAUAUGAGCAGAGCACAGAGCAUGGAAGCUGGCAUUUGCACCUUUCCAGAUGUGCCUACCCGCCAGUCCCGUGCCUCCACGGAGCCUUCACUGCCCAUCCUAAGCCCUAUUAAAUAUUUCUGUUUUAA